CGAAACACACCAUGCGCCGUUCCUGGCUUUAGCGCCAGUUCUCCCCCGCGCCCAACCGUGGCUGCCUCCGCUUACGUACUCGUGCCGGACCACUCCUGCUUGGCUCCCAUAUUCGAUGCUCUUAUCAUCCAUCUGAUCGGAUUGUAUUAUUCGGUUUGCUCUUCUCUUUCGUUUCCUUUAUUGACGUUGGUUUUCAGCUAUUGAUCGCGCUCGCUGAGACUCCCCCCCGUCAGAGCUGUGGUCCUCUACUUAUCUCGGAAAGAUCCGAUCGGCGUCCAACUCACCCACUACGUCACCGCUUCUCUACGCCCUGUCUUGUUCCUUAAUGACUACCGAUCCAGAGAGCUAUUCGACGCUGCUGGUGAAGUGAUAAGCUGUCGAUUCGAGACACUGGUCAGAUUGACCAGCUCGCGAUCUCGCCAGGAUGCGCGGAUUAGAGCUCUCCUUCGGCAUCCUCGGUCUAGCGGCCUUGUUGCCUGCUGCCUUGGGCCAAGGAGUAACAAAGAGACAUGAACCUGGUCGCUGUGCGAUUCGAGGUCAUUGCGGAAAGAAGUCCUUUUUUGGUGGAGAACUGCCGUGUCCAGACAAUGGGCUUGCUGCAGAACCAGAAGAGAGUGUCCGGACGAAGCUGGUCGGUCUCUGCGGAGACAAGUGGAAAGAAGGUCCUGUAUGCUGCAAGGAAGAGCAGGUCGACGCAUUAGGAAAGAAUCUGAAACUGGCAGAAGGAAUCAUUGCAUCUUGUCCAGCGUGUCGCGAAAACUUCUUCAGCACCUUCUGCACGUUCACCUGCUCUCCGGACCAAUCGCUCUUUGUCAACGUGACCCAGGUCGAGAAGAAUAGUGCGGGCAAAUACCUGGUCACCGAACUUGAGAACCUAUGGUCAGAGGAAUACCAGAGCGGGUUUUAUGACAGUUGCAAGAAUGUAAAGAACGGAGCGUCUGGUGGAAAAGCCAUUGACUUUAUCGGAGGCGGUGCCAAAAACUACACGCAAUUCAUGAAGUUCCUGGGCGACAAGAAGCUACUGGGUAGCCCCUUCCAGAUCAACUACGAGACACAGCCCAGUGGUCCUGAGGACUACGGUAUGAGGCCACUGGACAUCAAACCGAAGGCGUGCAAUGACUCCGAUCCGGCGUUCCGCUGCUCCUGCGUGGACUGCCCAGAGGUCUGUCCGGAACUGCCCAAGGUCGCGGAACAAGAGUACUGCAAAGUCGGUCUACUGCCAUGCUUGUCAUUUGCCGUUAUUCUGAUUUAUUCCGUAUUUAUAUUACUGGUUGUUGCCGUCUCCAGCUAUGUCACGUUCAGGGAGCGGAGAUACCGCAAGCCUGAGCGCGUGCGACUCCUUCAGGACCCGUCUCCUGAUGAAGACGAGGACGAGGGCGAGAUUGUGCGGAACGGUGGUUACUUGGAGCAGCCUGUUCGUCCAUAUAAACUGAACAGCGUCUUCGACGUUGCGUUCAGCAGACUAGGAGGCUUCUGCGCUCGGUUCCCCGCUCUUACGAUUUCCGCCAGCACAUUGGUUGUGGCCUUGCUCAGUCUGGGCUGGCUGUGGUUCACUGUUGAAACUGAUCCCGUACGGUUAUGGGUCAGUCCAUCUUCUGCAGCUGCGCUGGAGAAGGAAUACUUCGAUACCAACUUCGGUCCGUUCUACCGCGCAGAGCAAGCGUUCCUCGUCAACGACACUUCUGCCACUGGCCCCGGUCCUGUCCUGAGCUACGAGACCCUCAGUUGGUGGGUCGACGUUGAGAGCCGGGCGCGACGCAUGAUCUCCCCGAAGGAGCAGUUGUCGUUGGAUGAUGUCUGCUUCAAGCCCACAGGGGAUGCUUGCGUGGUCCAGUCUGUGACCGGUUACUUUGGUGGCAAUCUAGACCCGAGUUCCUGGAGAGAUCGGCUGGAGCACUGCACCGAGUCUCCUGGCGAUGUUACCUGCCUUCCUGAGUUCCAGCAGCCCCUCAAACCCGACAUGAUUUUGGGCGGCUACGAGAAGACCGGCAAUCCACUUGAUGCACAAGCACUUGUCGUUACAUGGGUCUUGAACAACCAUGCUCAAGGCACAGAGGGAGAAGCCCGUGCUAUUGACUGGGAAAACAGUCUCAAGGGUCUGCUCCAGGAUGUCCAAGAAGAAGCAAAGGAGCGUGGCCUGCGGGUGUCUUUCAACACGGAGGUCAGUCUUGGACAGGAGUUGAACAAAUCGACCAACACCGACGCAAAGAUCGUGGUUAUCAGCUACGUGAUCAUGUUUAUCUAUGUGUCCAUGGCUCUUGGCUCCGUCACUGUCACUUGGAAGUCAUUGCUCACAAACCCUGCCAACGCUCUUGUCCAGUCCAAGUUUACCUUGGGCAUUGUCGGUAUUCUUAUUGUGCUCAUGUCCGUGUCUGCUUCAGUUGGACUGUUUUCUGCGGCCGGCAUCAAGGUCACUUUGAUCAUCGCAGAAGUGAUCCCAUUCCUUGUUCUUGCCGUUGGUGUCGACAACAUUUUCCUGAUCGUGCACGAGUUUGAGCGGAUCAAUGUGACGCACCCGGAUGAAGAGAUCGAUGAGCGUAUUGCUCGGGCAGUGGGCAGGAUGGGACCCAGCAUCCUGCUCUCUGCCACUACAGAGACAGCUGCCUUCGCCCUAGGAGCGUUCGUCGGCAUGCCUGCCGUCAAAAACUUUGCAGCCUAUGCCGCUGGUGCCGUCUUCAUCAAUGCAAUCCUGCAGAUCACCAUGUUCAUAUCUGUACUGGCGCUCAACCAGCGCAGAGUUGAGAGCCUCCGUGCGGACUGCAUCCCGUGUCUUACAGUUCGCAAGGCCAACUCGUCCGGCAUGCCUGAAAAUCAAGUAUAUGAUGACCAGGAAGAGGAGAGCUUCCUGCAGAAGUUCAUUCGCAGAGUAUACGCGCCUCAUCUCCUCGGCCGCAGGGUUAAGGUGGCUAUUGUGAUUGUGUUCCUGGGGCUUUUCACUGCCGGUCUGGCUCUUAUCCCGGAGGUUGCACUCGGACUUGAUCAGCGGAUUGCAAUUCCCAGUGACUCCUACCUGAUUCAAUAUUUCAACGAUUUAUACGCAUACUUUGGUACUGGACCUCCAGUGUAUUUUGUGACCCGCAACGUCAACGUCACUGAGAGAGCCCACCAGCAGCAACUAUGCGGGCGGUUUACGAGCUGUGAGGAGUACUCGCUUGCAUUCGUGCUGGAGCAGGAAUCCAAGCGCCCUAAUGUGUCUUAUAUUUCUGGAUCGGCAGCCAGCUGGAUCGAUGACUUCUUUUACUGGCUGAACCCCCAACAACAAUGUUGUGUGGAGGAUGACGAACUCUGCUUUGAGAAUCGCCAGCCGCCGUGGAACAUCUCUCUAUACGGUAUGCCGGAAGGCAAUGAGUUCGUUCACUACGCGGAGAAGUGGAUCCAAUCACCAACAGACGCCGAUUGUCCCCUCGGAGGCAAAGCGGCAUACGGAAACGCAGUGGUGAUCGAUUCGGAGCAUGUGAUGAUCAAUGCCAGCCAUUUCCGGACGAGCCAUACGCCUCUUCGAAGCCAAGAAGACUUUAUCAAUGCUUAUGCGGCGGCACGGCGUAUUGCGAACGACAUAUCUCAAGAGCAUAACAUCGAUGUGUUCCCGUACUCGAAGUUCUAUAUCUUUUUUGACCAGUACGCCUCAAUCAUCCGUUUGACUGGCGCGUUGCUUGGCUCUGCGGUUGCUAUUAUAUUCCUCGUGACCUCUGUCCUUCUCGGCUCGGUAGCAACUGGGGCCGUGGUCAGCGUUACCGUGGUUAUGAUUGUGGUAGAUAUCAUAGGAACCAUGGCUGUUGCCGGUGUCUCUCUGAAUGCUGUCUCCCUUGUCAAUCUGAUCAUCUGUGUGGGCAUUGGUGUCGAGUUCUGCGCACAUAUUGCGCGAGCUUUUAUGUUCCCUUCGCGCAGCAUCAUGGAUAAGGUACCGACCAAGUUCCGCGGCAAGGACGCUCGUGCGUGGACGGCAAUGGUCAACGUUGGAGGCAGUGUCUUUACGGGUGUCACGAUCACGAAGCUUCUGGGAGUCUUCGUCCUCGCGUUUACCCGCAGCAAGAUCUUUGAGAUUUACUACUUCCGUGUGUGGCUCGCACUUGUCAUUUUUGCGGCUCUUCAUGCCCUUGUUUUCUUGCCAGUUGCCCUCAGUUAUUUUGGCGGUGAAGGUAAGUUUGAGUCGUGGCUAUGUCCAAAUUCCCUGCCCCUUGCAAUGCUGACCUCCAUCCAGGUUACGCCGAUCCUGAGUCCGAUGGCGGUCUUGAGGAGAACCUAGCUUCGAGAGGCUAUCGGUCCUUGCUCAUGGAUGAUGAUUACGAUUCGGAUGAUGACUAGGCAUGUUGGCAGUUGCGCUUGAUUUACACGCAGUCCCUUUUUGUCAUUUAUGAUGUCCUGCGCUAGCAUUUGGGCAAACACCCACUCGGAACUAUAUACUAGGACGUGUUGUCAGCAGCGAACGUUUGUUUCUGAUGUCCGGGAUCUCAACAGACGAGGUAAACGUCUUGAACAAUAUGCAAUUUGGAUUUUUAGGGAAGGCAGUACACAGGCGUCGAAUUAGUGUAAUGAAUAUCACAUAUCACCGGUCCCAACUACAUCUCACAGC